UCUCUCGGAUACAUCCCGUUCAUUCAGACGAAAAUAAAUCAACGCAUCGAUAUGGUUUCCAUUCGCCUUAUUCUGACUCUCGCUGUUAUUAUGGUAGCUUUCGUCAUCAGUGCAAAUGCUGCCUACAAAAAACCACCUUUCAAUGGUAGCAUAUUCGGCAAACGAUCUAACACUGUGACUGAUUAUGAAGUUACCAGCCGCGCUCUAUCAGCGAUUUGCGAAGUCGCCAGUGAAACUUGUACCGCUUGGCUGUCUCAUCAAGAAUCCAACUGAAGAUGAAAAACCGACCGAGACAAUCCAUGAUUCUCGCCAACUGAUCGACUCAUGAAACAAUGUAACUAACCGACUCCUGUAAAGUACCUGCAAUCAUGUCCUGUAAAUCACCUGCGCUUGAAAAUUCACAUUGUCUUCUAUCAAUAAUUGUUUCAU